GAAAGAUGGAUUCUGUUCCCAGUGAUCAAUUGAGAAUCUCUAGUGGAUUACAUCGCCCUCGGCGGGACUCGGUCUCGUCUAUCGGCAGUUAUCCACAUCGGAUCUAGAGCCGGUCCGCAUUCUUUUACACUGGGGAUUUCACUUAAGCUUAUUUUCUCGCACUGCUAUUCUUGCUCUAAUACCAGUGAUGAAGCCUGCGAGAUUCAGAUUCGCCUAGUUUGGGGGGCCCAUUCUUUGUGCAGUGAUGUCAGUAUGGGCAUAUGCCACUGGCAUCCCUAGGUCCGGCAUCUUGUUCCGAGUAUACUACACUCUACUCAAGGAGGAAUUGGGCUGAAUGGUGGAAUACUCACAAAGGUUUUAUUGCCAUACUGGUACUCUGUGUCAUUAUGUUUAUCUCCUCUGUUUUAUAUAUGUUGUCAGCACUCUUGAUAACUAAGUGAUCAUGCAUUCUUAAGCUGUAUUCCGAAGACAGUGAAGCAACCUAGAUGAAGGAGCGUGUGAAUGACAG